AGUCAGUCCGUCAAAUCGCAGGUAGACGAUAACAAAGUUUUCAGGUAAAUUUGUAUAGCAUAUAUAACCAUGCUAUGGCUUUUGGUCAUUGCUAUUAUUACUCCUAUGGUUCAAUCGCAAGCCGAUCCCCAAUGGUAUCCCGAUUGGGAUGACAAAAGAAUUUUAAAAAAAGGUAUGACCGCGCACUGGGAACUUUUACCUGAAAGAUGCGAUGACCCGAGUUGUCCAUGGCGGCCCUGGCUUCCUUACGAUCCAAUCAGAGUAAGAAUAGAAAACGUUGGAGCAGUUGUUGGCAGGUCCAUGUGGGUGCACGAAAGGGAUCGGUGGUGGGUUAGCAGAUACGUAAAUCUCUUUUUGGGUGUACCCUAUGCAAGACCACCGGUAAAAGAGAAUGAAAAUUUAAGAUUUAGGAAGCCGGAAGAUGUUCUCUUCCAAUGGGGAAUAGAUGGCGAUUGGGAUGCUUCAUUCUACCGUCCAGCUUGUCCUCAACCAAUACCAGAACUUGAUGUAAAAUAUUAUCUCCCAAGGAAUACAUCUGAAGAUUGUCUGUAUAUGAAUAUAUUCCAACCAAAUUUUAGCGAUUGGACCUCUAUUAGCAGAAAACAAAAAUUCCCAAUAUUAAUAUUUGUUCAUGGAGAGGACUUUAUUAGAGGCGAUUCUAUGCAACAUCCUGCGCACAUGUUGGCAAAGAAAGGAGUCUUAGUUGUAACGUUUAAUUACCGGCUAGGUGCUCUAGGUUUCCUGACAACUGACGAUGAGAAUUCUGAAGGAAAUUAUGGCAUGUGGGAUGUUCUUAAGUUGAUCGAAUUUGUCAGGAAACAUAUUAAGCACUUUAACGGUGAUGAAAGCAAUAUUAACCUUGUUGGUUCUGGUUCUGGUGCUGCUAUUGUCUCACUUUUGAUGCUCUCUCCUCAUUCUCUCUUACGAGACAAAACACCAAAAUUUCAUAAAGCCAUUAUGAUGUCUGGAAGUGACGCUUGUGAAUGGAGUGUUAUGAGGCGAUAUUGGAUGAAUUCUCCUAGGGAAUAUACGAGAGAGCUUGGUAAAUUAGUAGGUUGCGAUCCUGAUUUUUCGCUUCCCAUUCAUCGUUUAGUCGAGUGUCUUCGUAAUAAACAUUACGACGAAAUUGUAAAUGCAACAUCUUACAUUGGAAAAAAAUACGGUAGAUUGUGGGGACCAUUUGGACCUACUGUUGAUGGACCUGAUGGAAUUUUACCGGAUUUUCCCGAAAAAUUAAGAGAAGAGGGGAAAGUUUUAGAAAUACCAAUAAUAAUGGGCAUGAACUUUGACGAGGGAGCCUUUCAUGUCGAGAAUAUAUUGAAAAAUUUUCCAAAAGUUGAUAUAAGACAAGGCUUGGAUAUGUUUUCAUUUCGCGAUAUCCUCUACGAUUUUGGUAGGCGGAGGAAUACUAGAAAUCUUGAAGAACUUGUAAGAGCACUUGAAUUCGAAUAUACAUAUUGGCCGAAUCCCAAUAAUGUAACUGCUGUUCGUCAAAAUUUGAUUGACAUGUGGUCGGAUUUUACCAACGGCUACUGUAUGGAUACAGUACUAAAAGAUCAUGCUAAAAGAUAUCCUAAUAUUCCAGUUUAUAUGUAUAUAUUCAAAUACAAGACUGAAUUUGAUUCAAAACCCGAAUGGAUGGGAGUACCAGUUGGUAGAGACGUUGAGUAUCUGAUGGGAUAUCCAUAUCUUAAUGAAAGUCUGGGCAAUUUAACUAAUAUUUUUACCGAACAAACUGACUGGACCUGGUUGGAUAAAAAUAUAUCUAAUUUUAUGAUAGAAAUGUGGGCAAAUUUUUCGAUUUAUUCUCAACCUAUCGUCCAUAUUUCAAGAAAUACAACAUGGUAUCCAUUCGCUGCUAAUAAUUUAUCAUAUCUAAUGAUCGAGGAACAUUCAUGGAUGGGAAUAAACUUCAGGCAGAAGCACUAUUCCUUCUGGCGAGAUUAUUUUCCAACGCUGCAAGCUAGAUAUCCAAUUACAACAACUCCUCAACCAACUUUAAGAGCUCUAGUCGAAUACAGGGCUGCAACAUUUGGCCUAUCUGCUGUAGCUAUUAUAAUUCUAAUAGUAAUAGCAGGAAUGUGCAUUACACUAAGACAACGGAUGAGAAAGGAUGCAUAUUAA